CUUUGAUAUAUUGCACUAAUCGAAUCUUGAUUAGCAACAUAAGUUCAGACGUGGGUGCAAUAACUCGUUAACAUAGAAUAAUUUACAGAAGAAGAUGAUAGAAGCAAUAUUGAUAACAUUGGUGUGCAUAAUUACUUGGGUAUACUUAAGGAAGAAGAAGAAGAUAAAACAACCCUACAAAUUGCCGGCGGGAAGAAGAGGAUGGCCGGUGAUCGGCGACAGCUUAAGGUGGUAUAAAUCAGUUUCCGGCAGCUACCCUCCUCAAUUUGCUCAUCAGCAGGCCAGCCGUUAUGGGAAGAUAUUUUCAUGCAGUUUAUUUGGGAAAUGGACCGUGGUUUCCACUGAUUCCACAUUUAACCGUUUUGUUAUGCAAAAUGAAGGUAAACUGUUUAAAUCCAAUUAUCCCAAGUCAUUUACUGAUUUGGUCGGAAAAAAUGGCGUCAUUACGGUCCACGGAGAUCAGCACCGGAAACUCCAUGGAAUUGCUUCUAAUUUGUUGCGUAUUGAUAAGCUCAACGGUCGUUUCUUCGAACGCAUUCAGCUUGUAAUGCUUCGGAUUUUUGAUGAGUUUCGUGACCAGCAAGUCGUUCUCCUCCAAGAUGUUUGCAGAAAGGUUGCAAUCAGUCUAAUGGUGAAUCAGUUAGUAGGAGUAUCGAGUGGAUCAGAAAUCAGUGAGAUGGCUCAAUUGUUCUCACAUUUUGUUGAUGGAUGUUUAUCUGUUCCUAUCUAUUUCCCCGGUUCUUCUUAUUACACAGCUAUCAAGGCAAGGAAAAAGAUUAUAAGGAAGAUAGAGGAGAGGAUUAAGAAGUGUGAUAGCAGUGGAUUUGAAGAAAAUGGUGUGCUGGGAAGGCUUGUAAAUGAAGAAAAUUUGGAUAAUGAAGCAAUUAAAGAUUUUAUUUUAAAUCUUUUAUUUGCUGGAAAUGAGACGACUGCUAAAACAAUGCUUCUUGCAGUUUAUUUUCUUACUCAUUCUCCCAAAGCUAUGCACCAAAUUCUGGAAGAACAUCAUAAUAUUAGGCAUACCUUUGUUGGAGAUGAUGAAUUUCUAACUUGGCAACAUUACAAAGCAAUGCCUUUCACUCAAUGUGUUAUUGAUGAAACGCUACGAAUUGGUGGCAUAGCAAUAUGGUUGAUGAGGGAGGCGAAAGAGGAUGUCGUAUACCAAGAAUACGUAAUCCCGAAAGGAUGGCCGGUGAUUCCGUUUCUUUCAGCAGUUCAUUUGGAUGAAAAUUUGUACAAAGGAGCAUUAAGUUUUAAUCCAUGGAGAUGGAUGGAUUCAGAAUAUCAGGAAAAGAGAAAUUGGAGAAAUAGUUGUAUGUAUGCACCCUUUGGAGGAGGUCCUCGGUUCUGUCCAGGAGCAGACUUAGCUCGCCUUCAAAUUGCUCUCUUUCUUCAUUGUUUUUUAACCAAAUUCAGGUGGACUCAACUUAAGGAAGAUCGCUUGUCAUUCUUUCCCUCUGCUCGUUUAGUCAAUGGUUUUCAAAUUCGCUUGACCACAAUAUGUGCAUAUAAUGCUAGCUAGUU